AUGGUCAAGCACAACAACCAGCUCCAGAAGAACCACUUCCACAAGGACUGGCAGAGGAGGGUGAAGACCUGGUUCAACCAGCCCGGCCAGAAGAAGUCGCGCCGCACCGCCCGCUCCAAGAAGGCUCUUGCCUCGGGUGCCGCUCCCCUCCAGCGUCUCCGCCCCGCCGUCCGCUGCCCCACCCAGCGCUACAACAUCCGCAUCCGUGAGGGCCGUGGCUUCACCCUCUCCGAGCUCAAGCUUGCCGGUGUCAACCGCAAGUCGGCCAAGGGCCUCGGCAUCGUUGUCGACCACCGCCGCCGCUCCAAGUCGGAGGAGUCGCAGAAGCUCAACGUUGAGCGCCUCCAGGCUUACAAGGCCCGCCUUGUUGUCUUCCCCCGCGUCCACGGCAAGCCCAAGGCCGGUGACGCCCAGGGUGACGACCUCACCGCCCACAUCACCCGUGACCUCCCCGCCCUCCCCGCCACCUACGUCGCCGAGGCUCCCCGCGCCAUCACCGCCGAGGAGAAGGAGUUCAAGGCCUUCACCGCUCUCCGCCAGGCCCGCUCGGACGCUCGCCACGCCGGCAAGCGCGCCAAGCGCGCCGCCGAGAAGAAGGCCGCCGCCGAGGAGGCCAAGAAGUAA